AUGACGACCACUGUGCCAUUGAUUUAUUCAUUCCCUGAAUUUGUUGGGGUGGCAGAGGCCGUGGCAGAUCAUGUUAUAACAGCCCAAAACUUAACUUUGUACAACACAUUAGAUGUCAAAGAAAUCGAAAUGAUAAAAAAUAACCUCAUGGCUAGACCUUCGUUGAUUAGUUCGUUGUCAACUAAUUCUAUUAAUGGAAGUAGUUCCACUAUUGGUUCACCUAAUCCAAAUAAGAAAUCUUCCAAGAAGAAACCUCCUAAGGAAAUAAGAUUUAAGAUUGCCAUUAGUGGAGGUUCAUUAAUUAAAAUUUUAAAUCAAGGAUUAAUUAAUAGACAAGAUGAAAUUGAAUGGGAUAAAUGGGACAUUUACUUCGCCGAUGAAAGAUUAGUACCGUUUUCUUCUACUGAUUCUAACUACGGUCAAGCCAAAAGAGAAAUAUUCGACCAAAUAACAGGAGAUAAACAACCUAAUGUUUAUCAUAUUGAUGAAUCAUUGAUUGAAGAUCCACAAGAAUGUGCUGAUAAUUAUGAAAAGACUUUAAUUGGAAAUUUCGCCAAAAAGGAUUCAGUAAAAUUACCAAUGUUUGAUUUACUUCUUCUUGGAUGUGCUCCUGAUGGUCAUAUUGCUUCAUUAUUUCCAAAUCAUGGUGAGUCACUUCGUGAAAAAUUAGCUUGGUGUAUACCUGUCGAAAACGCUCCAUCUGGUCCAAAAGAUAGAGUCACUUUAACUAUUCCAGUAAUUUGUCAUGCCCAUAGAGUGACAUUUGUUGUAGAAGGUUUGACUAAAGCCCCAAUUAUGAGAAUUAUUAUGGAAAGACCAGAAAAAGGUUUACCUUCAUCAAUCGUUAAUGAAGGAGCCGCAGGUAAAGUUACGUGGUUUGUAGAUGAUGAUGCUUUGAAUGACUGUUAUGAUGUUACAAAGAAGAAAUACAAAUUCUUGUCAAUAAAUCAUUAG